UGAAGACAUAAACUUUACUACCGGCUCUGUCGAUCUUCCAACUAAUUUGCUAGUAGGUCAGUUUAUUGUGCAAAUGAAAGCUUGUGGCGGUGAGCUUAUUGUACCUCAAAAUUUCCAAGGCUUGGACAAGUUGAAGACUCUUGAACUUAAUGAUGUAAUGUUUUCACCUGAUGAACUUGAGAAUUUGAUUUUGAGUUUCACUCAGUUAAAUGAGUUGUCGAUGUUUAUUAAGCAUGACAUCGAGAUGCUCAAGAUUCAUUCAGACAGCCUCCAAUGUUUGAAGAUAAAUAAUUUCAAACGGCUCCAUUUGGUUGCUCCUGUACUGCAUGAUGCAUCUUUCCAUCUAUUUAGUUGUCAAGAAAGAUGGGGCAGCGGCAGAUCUUUAUACAGAAAGAUAGAGAAGAAUGUUCAGGCCUUGGAGAUAGUGGCAAAGUUUUGUACAAAACUUACCCCUACUUCAACAUUUGAUCACUUGGCGAAGCUAUGUUUGACCGUAAUGUUCGGGGACCUGAUAAGUGAAUAUGCACUCUUCUGUUUCAUGGAGAAGGCCAAAGCUGUAGAAUCUCUUGAAAUAAGGACAAUCUCAUUUCAGAUAAAUUGCCCAAACAUUUGGAAAGAUGGCAUGGGCAGGAAUUCAAAAUUUAUCUUUGAUCAACUUCUCACUGUGAGGCUUGAUGGUUUUUCGGGUACUGAAAAUGAGCUUUCAUUUUUGUCGUUCAUCUUGGCUGCGUCCCCGAAUCUAAAAAAGAUGACAAUAUUGAAAGAACAAUUGGUGAAGUCAACCAAAGCUUACCAAAAGCUGCUCGAGUUGAAGAAACUAUCUAGUCAAGCAAGAAUCGCUUUUGUUCCAAGAUAAAUUAUCAGGUAUUUUAAAAUCUUUCAAACUUUUUCCCUUUCUGUAAUAAAAAAACUAUUGAUGUUGUUGAGUUUUGGACCAACAAACAGGUCUCUGUGAUGUAUUUGCUUGAAUGUUGUUAUACUUGUCAUAUUUCGACAUUUAUCUUUGAAUUGUUUGAAUUAGACCAUUUAAUUCUUACUUUUG